GCACCACCAAAAAACAUACCAGAGAAGAGAAAUCAGAAAAGAGAUAAUAAUCAAGAAAAAAAGGAAAAAAAUGGUUCUGCUAGAGAAACUGUGGGAUGAUGUAAUAGCUGGGCCUCAACCCGAACUUGGUCUUGGCAGGCUUAGGAAGAUCACCACCCAGCCCUUGGCCAUCAAAGAUGAAGGAGAGGGGAGCAAGUACCAGAGAUCGCUGUCGAUGAAUGCGACUCCAGGGACUCCAGUGACACCUGUGACACCUACGACACCAACGACACCGGUGUCAGCUCGUAGGGAGAACGUAUGGAGGAGCGUGUUCCAUCCAGGUAGCAACCUUGCUACCAAAAGUAUUGGUGCCGAGGUUUUCGACAAGCCACAGCCUAACUCUCCUACUGUCUAUGACUGCAACCAAACGGAGACUCAGAGACAGAGCAGGAAGGAAAACUUGGCUAUCUGUUUGGUAGCUGCGUGGAAAUAAUUCUUUUGAUCAGUAAUACACUCUUACACUCAUUUGGCUUUACAGCGGGGAGACCAGGAGCAAGCAUCAUCGCUGAUUGGGUUGUGACCGAGAGGCGGCUAGCAACCUUGCAGAAGGUUGCUCCGGUGAACCACAUGUUGCAUGUAAAUAGCGUCUUUGCAAUUGUCAAUGUCCCAUGUGUCUUUGUUUUGAGAUAUCUCAAGUAGAUGUUAAAGAGCUGACUAAAACUUUAGUUAGCCCUUCUUUUUUAUAAGUAAUGAUGCUGCUAAGGGUGUGGUGGAAGAAUUUGCACUAAACGCUAUAGCCUACGGUGGUUGACGAUCCUUUUUCAAUCAAGAUCCGGCCGUGAGCGGCGGCGAUAUUAAAUUAAUAAAUAAAUGUAAUGGUAUUGUAUGAUGUGCAUAAGUAUGUAAUUUUAAUUUAA